GACUUGGUAACUAAUGUGUCUCCUCGCAUUGUUCGUGGAACGACGAGUGGUCCAUUGUAUGGCCCUCAACAAGGCUCAUUCCUCAAUAUCGAACUGAUAUCAGAAAAGACUGCUGAAUAUUGGUUGACGUGCAUCAAAGAACUGAAACGAGACUUUCCCACAAAAAUCGUUAUCGCAUCCAUCAUGGCCAGUUUCAAUAAGGAUGACUGGAUUGAAUUGGCUGAACGUUCCGAGGCUGCAGGUGCGGACGCACUUGAGUUGAACCUUUCGUGCCCUCAUGGCAUGGGUGAACGAGAAAAAUUUUUGGACGUUUCGCCUAUUCAGAUUCCAUUCUUCCCGAAAAUGACCCCAAAUAUCACCGAUAUUCGUACAAUCGCAAAGGCAGCUAAAGAAGGUGGGGCUGAUGGAGUGACUGCCACAAAUACCGUAUCCGGUCUGAUGGGUCUGAAAGGUGAUGGAAGUGCGUGGCCAUCAGUGGGUAUCGAGAAGCGUACCACUUACGGUGGGGUGAGUGGCUCAGCGAUACGACCGAUUGCCCUCAAAGCCGUUUCGGCGAUAGCAAAUGCCCUACCCAACUUCCCGAUCCUAGCAACUGGAGGUAUCGACUGUGCCGAUGCAGGCAUGCAGUUUCUCAAUGCCGGUGCUAGUGUUUUGCAGGUGUGUUCCGCUGUACAAAAUCAAGACUAUACCGUCAUUCAAGAUUACUGUACUGGCCUAAAGGCCUUACUAUACCUCAGUGGUAUCGACUCGUUGAAAGACUGGGACGGACAAAGUCCUCCGGUUCCAAAACAUCAGUUGGGAAAACCAGUUCUUCUACAAAACCUGCACAUUCCCAAUUUCGGCAAAUAUCGUGAAGAACGAGCCAAAAGAGAGCAAAAACUCAUACGAAGCGCCAAUGCAUUGGAUACUUCUGAUUUGGGUUUUGCUAAACGUCCUGAUAAUCAACCUCGGCAUGUGCCCUCUGUUAAUGUUCGUUUUCUAAAGCAAUUUCUCACUGGGCAUUGA